UAUUAUUAUUAUUAUUGUUAUGAUUAUGUUCUUCCCUUCACUCCACUCCAGCAGCAACAGAGAAAAUCCCACGUCUCUCCCCUGCUUCAAAAUAUCCUAACUAAUCAUGGUUGAUUCUUCUCUCUUUUGGGUGUGCUAGGCCCACUUUUAGAUUAUUUCGGAAUUGGAGAGAGGGUGAACAAGUACAAUGGUGGGGUUUAAGAAUAGGUAUAUGAUAAUGGAGGUUUUUUUGGACCCGAACCGAGAUCUUGCGGUUGAUGAUCCCAUUAUAAUUACACAGUUUAAUGUGUCAAAAGCAAUCAAAGACAGCAUUCUUGUAAACUUUGGGGAGUGUGGUCUGGCUUCAUCUUUUGGGUCAUUCCAAGUCAAGUAUGUGAAUCCCAUUACAAAGCUGUGUAUCAUCAGAGCAUCAAGGGAGGAGUAUCAAAAAGUUUGGUCUGCCAUUACUAUGGUUAAGAGUAUCGGACAUUGCCCAGUGCUAUUCAAUUUGUUGGACCUAAGUGGAAGUAUCAGAGCAUGUAGAAAUGCUGCCUUAAAAUGUGACAAAGCAAAGUUUGAGCAGUACAAGCUUGUAGUUGGAGAUCGCCUCACAGACGACAUCAAUAACCAAAUGCAGAACUGUCUUGAGAGGAUCAAAAUCCUGGAGCACUGAAGAAAUGCUGUCGUUGUUUGGCUCUGGCCGAUGGAGGGGAGUAUGAGAAAUGGACUCUUUCGUCCUUCUGGGAUGAGGAUGUCAACCAAGGAAAAUCAGAAACUGUUACUUUCGGCCUGCAAUCCAUAUUCAUCAUUCAGUUGAAGUAGGUGGUGAGCUUACAAAGAGAGAUUUUUGAGGGGUUCAAACAGACCUUCUGAGUCAUGCCCUGAGGAAUAUUUUUGUUUUUUUUUCCCUGCUGGGGAUGGUUCAAAUGCAUUGUUACCUUUCAAUCUGACAGUGGGUUGUGGGUAUCGAUCAAGUUUUAGCUAUGCUGAUAUUUUGGUACUAGUAAUUUUUGGGGCCAUUGUUUUAGAGAACAUUUUUUGAGAAAACAAUUUUUUAGUAUAGUUUUAAAACAAAUUUGAAUGAGAAAAUAUUUUCCAAGAAAAAAGUUUUAAAAUAGGAGUCACAAUUUUUAUUAAAAGAAUUCAAUAAUUUCAUUGAUGGUUUUUACCAAGAGGCCCUUGAAGAUAUUAAUAAUAAAUUUAAUAAUUUCAUUGAAAAGAUUUAGGGUUUUCUUUCCCAUAAUGACUAAAAGAUAAAGCAAAUUACAAUGAUAGAAUGGGAUUGAAAGUAUGAAAUUUUCCCCUUAAGAAUUCUCAUUGGUUACAUAGAUUUUAUUGGAGGCUGCUUUAGAAGGCAACCUCUUGGGAGAUUAUAUUCAUUGUGGUCAUUUAUUUCAAAACCAUCCUAGUGAGUUGUCCUAAUUUUCAGUAUCCUGCAGCCUCUCUUGGAUCUAUCGGUUCAAGACCUGGCCCAUAGUUUUCAUAGAAGCUGCAUAAAAGAGGAUUGACUCUGAUAGAUAGUAUCAUGACUGUCAAGGAUGGGAGGAUAUUGUCCACUUUGGGCCCCGGUCUUCGGAAUUCAAUUGGCUUUUUGCAGGGUAUGUGGAUGGAAGAGAAAGAGGAGGAAGAUGAUCAACAGGAUCAGGAACUGGGGCACUGAUAGAUAGACCCAUCAUUAUUCAUUACUGCUAACUGGUUCUAUAUAUGUUUUUGCUUCUACAUAGUACAUACCAUAAUGUAACAGAGCAGAUAGCACAGGGAGAGAGGCAAUUCAGAUUCAACCCCAAGUUGGAUUGCAUAUACUUGAUCAUGAGAUAUAUAAUUGUGUUCACACAGAUGACUCAAUUGGCAUAGGACAAACCAGGUUCUGUUUUCUUACCCUAGCCCUGCCACGUCUAGAUAACAAAAAAACUUGAAUCUUAUCGACUUGGUUAGAGCAAGGUCUAGACCAAGAUAAGCUCCCAACAUUCCAGAAGGGAGCUACCAUGAAGACAUGCGAGAAUUCUUACCUGUCAGGUUUCGACAUCAGUCAAUUUUAAUUUCAACUUCAUGUUACCAGCCUGAACGACGAGCUGCCCUUUAGAUGACUCCACUUCUAAAACUGUUGCUUUCUUUCCUAGGGAAGAAACAUGCACCAUAUCGCCAACUUUGGGAACUCUUUUCUUCUCUGCAAUGCAAAUAGAAGAAGGAAAAUCUACUUUGAUGAGAACUUAAACAAUCUUUUUGACUGGUAUUUUCAACCACGAGCAAGAUGGAUAAUGUCACAAGAUCCAUCAGAUGUUUACGAGUAAUACCUGAUGAUGAUUGCUGGGCAACUUUAGCGGGGUGUUUACUCUCACUUGUAGUAGGACGUUCAUUGAUAUCUGCUGCAGUAUGUUGGUUGCUAGUUGCUGAUGCAUGUUGGCUUUUAUCUGCAGCAGUAGGCUGGGAAGGUCGGGUUGCAGAUGAACGAAGCUGUCGGACCUUCUUGUGAAGGAGAGACCGUGCCACUGCUGCAGCCUCAGAUACUUCCCUCAUCUUUCCAUAUCUUUGAUUGGUGCCAUGUUCCAUUAGCUUUCUUUUAGUCACCAAUAGAUUUUCAUAAAGAUCUCUUGAAAGCCUGCAAUCACAACCAGAACAAGCAACUUUCAAAUUAGGAGAUUGUGCCUUUUGUAUGACUUUGUACCUCUAUACGCAUACCAAAAGUUACUCAUGUUGUUUGAAAAUUCUUACAUCAGAUAAUAUCGUGCAUCAUUAACACGCUCUUGAAA